AUGCUCGCCGCGACCUUCUUGACUGUUCUUAGCGCUGCGUCUGCUGUCGUUGCCCUUCCUGGUCACUCCCUCAACUCUCGAGAGUACGACAUUAACGACAUUGAUGCUUCAUGCCAGUCCACCUGUUCAUCCACCGUCACUCUCUACCAGUCGUGUAACGGAGGCACAACCUCUGACUGCCUCAAAUUCUGUGUGCAGGACACCUUUUCCGAUUUCAUCACCUGUGCCCAGUGCAAUUUGGACGCGAAGAACGGCACCGAGAGCGACAUGGAGUCUGUCGAGUCUGCCAUCUCGACCAUCAAGAACUCUUGCUCCUUCUCUGCUGACCCAGUGACUGGGGACGUGGCCCCCGCGUCCACCGGCUCAGCCACCUCUGGCAGCGACUCGACUGCUGCAAGUGCCUCGACUACCGCCGCUGGUUCGGCGAGUGCUGCUGGCAGCAGCGAAGCCAGCGGGGUGGCCAGCUCUAUCAGUAACAGCAGUUCGUCUUCCGCUGGUACCCCUUCUAUACGGCUGUUGGCUGGCAGCGCCGGUGGUAUCGCUGCGCUCGCUGGCUCUUUGAUGUUCUUUCUGUAA